AUGGGUUGUUGCUCUAGUUAAAGGCAUAGCUAAAGAAAAAAAACAUAUUUUACAACUAAUAUUAGAACCUUUUAUAGAUUUGGAGCUGUAAUAGGUAAGGGAACUUUUGGGACAGUAAAGGUAGGAUAUAAAGAUGGGCCUGAUGGAGAAUAAAUGUAUGCCAUAAAGACCAUAAAUAAGGUUAGAGUAGCUGAUAAAACAUAAAUGAUUUAAGAAGAAUUUGAAAUACUGAGGAAAAUGGAUCAUCCUAAUAUUGUUAGAUUCUAUGAAAUGUAUGAAGAUGAUAUGUUUAUUUAUUUUGUUAUGGAACAUUGUAAAGGUGGUAAUUUACUUGAAAGAGUGUUAUCAAAAGGUACAUAAAUUUGAAAAAUUAUUUAUAGGCAGUUUUGAUGAAGAUAAAGCAAGUAUUGUAAUGAGGAAACUAUUUUCAGCAAUAGCCUAUUUGCAUAGUUAAGGUGUUAUGCAUAGAGAUUUGAAACCUGAAAAUAUAUUAUUUUCAAAUGAAAAAGAUGACGCAGAGAUUAAAAUAAUAGAUUUUGGUUUAAGCAAAAAAUUGAAAGAAACAGAUAAAGACAGAAAAUAACAUUUAUUAAGAAAGCAAAGUUAAGUUGGAACUCCAUUAUAUAUAGCACCUGAAGUAGUAACUGGAAUGUAAUAUAAUUAUUAUAUAAAUUAAGUUAUAACUAAAAGUGUGAUGAUUGGGCUGUUGGAUGUAUUAUGUACAUUAUAUUAUGCUCUGAACCACCUUUCUAUUCAGAUUAAUUAUAGGAAUUACUAUAAAAGAUACAGUUUAAACCAUUAAUAUUUCCAUAGGAGGAAUGGAAAUACAUAAGUUAGGAUUGUAAGAAGAUAGUUUAAGGGUUGCUUCAAAAAGAUCCUCAAAAACGAUUGACUUGUUCUGAAGCUAUCAAUAGUGAUUGGGCCAAAAAGGCAUUUCGAAAACCAUUAUAAAUAUAAAUCAAUUAAAUUAAAGGUAAUAAUAUAGUUCAUUCAAAUGAUUGUACACCUGUCAAUACUUCUAAUAUCAAGGGAUUGAAAAAAUAUGCUAAGAGUAAAUAAUUCAAAAGAGAAGUACUCAGAAUACUGAUAAAUUAAUUAAAUGAUAAAUAAAUUGAUAAAUUAAGUCAAAAAUUUAAGGAAUUAGAUAAAGAUGAAGAUGGAUUUAUUACACCAUAAGAAUUAUCUUAAAUAAUGACUAAAUUAGGUUUUGAAACUACAAAAAAUGAAAUUGAAUAAUUAAUUCAUAAUAUGAAUCCUGAAGAGUAAUAAAGCUUAUAGAUAAAAUAUUCGUAGUUUUUAGCUGCUACUUUGGAUUUGAAAUAAUAUUUGAAUAAGGAAAGAUUAUGGAGUUUAUUUCGUUAUUUUGAUGUUUAAGAUAAGAAAUAUAUAACUAAGGAGGAUAUUUAGGAAGCAUUAAAAAGAGAAGGAAGAGUAGAGAUAGCUUCAGACAAAAUAUUAUCUGAUUUGAUGAUGCAUGAUGGGAAAAUGACUUAUAAAGAUUUUUGUUAGUUGAUGCAUGAUGAUAUGGAAAGUGAUUAAUUUUUUGAAUAUUUCGAAAAAUUGCAUGCUUCUCCUGAAAAGUACAGAGGUGUAAGCAAAAUUUGA